AUGCAGGACACCUGGGUCCUAGGCCCACUCUCCUGGAUCUUUGGCCUGCUUUCCAGUCUCCAAGGAGUAAGCAACAAUGAGACUGCAAACACAUGUGACAUCCUAAACUGCCCCAAAAUAUUCAGAUGCUGUGACAAUGAAUGCUGCCUGGACCAAAAUGUCUGGACUCCUGCCAAUAAUCCCUUGAGGAUCCUGUUCAUCGUCCUCUUGGUCCUGUUACUCCUUUUGUACUUCUGCGGCCUAGUGUGGUACUUUUGUUCCAAGAACAGAGAACUCCAGCAUGAGGUCAGAAGAGUGGAUCACCAGACACCUCCAGAACCGCCCUCCAUUGCUCCCCUAGAGAUUUUCAACUCCUCCUUGGAUCCCGAACCACCCUACUUUGAGGUUGUUCUGAAACCAACUCCCACAGAACCACCUCCUCCCUACAGCCUCCAUGCAGUCCAGAUGAGAGGGACUGGCUUUACAACCCUUUGA